AUGGAUGAGAAAGUGGGGAAAAAUGUGAAAGAGCCACAGGCUGGACUUGAUCCCAGGCUGCCUGUGUCAAAGAUGAGGACUCGAGUCCGUGACAUGAAGCUCUCUGUGUUUUUGCUGGUCGCCCUGCUGGCUCUGUGUUCAGCUGUUGAUCAGGACACUGAGGAGCAGAACUCAACCACUGAAGAAGAUUUCCACCUGAACCCUGCUCUAGGGAACAUAAUCCCUAAAAUCAAAGUGAAGAGAUCUCUGCCGGCCCCUCCAGCUCACAUGAGUAACAGAAUCCGUAGAUAUUCUUCCACCCCUGAUCAUGGAUCCGCUCUGGAAUGGCAGACCUAUCAUGGAUCUGUCCCCUCUGGUGCUGUUCAGGUCUACAUCAGUUACACCAAACGCUACGAUUAUGUCUGCAAAUAUGGGUGCCAGACAGGUUUUUUCAACCCUAGGUUUGGGUCUUAUUGCCACUAUCCCUAUGCAGAGAAAGAGCAUAAAGGCCACCCGUUUGAAAUCCUGGUGAACAAAGACAACUUUGAGAGACUGGAAUGGAAGGGUGGUUCUUGGGGUGGGGUGCCAGCAAAUUCAGUCAAGACCUGCGCUGGAAGGAGUAUUUAUGUUGGAAAAAACAAGUACGGUCUUGGGAAGGUGCAUGUCGGACAUAAGACCUUCUUCCUCCCCUGGCAGAGUAAGGAGUAUUGGUACAAAGUCUACGAGUAUCUAACCAUAAACAAAAAUUUUGGCACAGAGCGCAUGCACAAUGUUAAAUAUGACACUUCAAAUGCUAAAAUCACAGAGCAUCCUCCAGAGGUGUUACGCCAGUCAUCCAUCAUCAAUAAUGAGUGCCGCUCGGUUGAAAAGACAGCUCAACUCUCACGUACAUUUCAGGAGGAGAAAAGAUGGGAUUCCAGCACUUCCCUUACAGUUGGGGCCACUCGCACUAUCACAGCUGAAAUCCCCUCUGUCGGGUCUGCUGGUGUCACACUCAGUACUGAGGCAACCUCAACCCUGUCCAGGGGAUCCACUGUGAUGAAGUCGACCACUUACUCUGUCUCUAUCAAGCAAAAUGUUCCCCCAAACCACUCCUGCAGCGUCAGCAUGGUGGGACGCAAGUAUAAGGCAGAGAUCCCCUUCACAGCGACCCUCACCCGCACGUACAAAGAUGGAACGACCAGAUCAAGAUCCAUCAGCGGGACCUUCACUGGUACCAAUGUUGGAGGGAUCCACUCUGUUGUGGAUCGCUGUGAACCUCUGCCGAACGCUGAUCCUUGCCCCUAAUGGUCAAUGGGAGAAGCCUUUAAAGGUCGUAGAUGAAGCAGAAUGCUUAAACUGCAUGUGAUUUUU